AUGACUGGUCCGGCAACAGGGUUUGUUAAUUUAUUUCAAGAACAUGUUGGACAUCCGAUUAUAAGAUUUCAUUGCAUCAUUCACCAGCAAAUGCUUUGUGCAAAAGUAGGUACUAGCGAUUUAAAAGAAGUUUCAGAAAAAGUUAAUAAAAUUAUAAACUUUAUUGUUGCACGUGAUAUGCACAAAAGACAAUUUAAAAAACUUUUAAAUGAUGUCGAUUGUGGAUAUGACACUCUUUUAAUGUGCAAUAACCAACAGUUUGCACAAAGAUUUCUCGAUUUUAAAAGGAUCGAAAAUAUUUUAAAAAUUAUUAAUUACCCAGAUUUAUUUGAUAUGCAAGAUUGUGACAAUAACCUCCUUAAUUGGAUGCGAUUAGAUAAUUUAGAAAUGCAAAUUAUUGAUCUGCAAUCCAAUCCAGUUUGGGUAAAUAAAUUUGUGAAUAUGCGGAAGCUUGUUGAAGAUUUAGAAAGCCAUCGAUCCCAAAAUGUGGAAUCAGAAUGUUUCAUGGAAAGUAAAAUUUUAGAAGCUUGGAAUAGUAUGCCAGAUACCUUUUAUUCUGUCAAAAAAUUAGCAAUCUCGUUGUUAACGAUUUUCUCUUCCACUUACUCUUGCGAAAGUCUUUUUUCCGUUUUGAAUCAUGUACAUUCAAAGACUAGAAACAGAUUAACAGAGGAAGAUUCGGCAGCAUGUAUUACUCUGCAGUCAACAAUAUUACGUUUAGGAACAAACAUAACCUCUAGUAAGAACAAUAAAAGUUUACAGUUCCUUAAUAGUUAA